AUGAAUCCACUCGCGGCUGCCUUACCGCCACCCGCCGCUGGCGCGGACGCGGACGCCCGCAUCUCCGAGAUUACCGCAUUGCUGCCGGAGGGAUGGGGGGAAAACGGCGGCGUCGUCACCCGCGCGCUGAAAGGUCUGCUGCAGAACCCGUUCUUCAGCGCGGGGGCGGGGCUUUACCUCCUCACCUUUGCGGGGACAGCGGCUCGCUCCUUCUCCACGGUCAUGCAGACGGCGAUGCGGCGUCGCUUCGUCGUUUCCCUGGAGGUGACCAGCCAGGACGAGAGCUAUCUUUGGAUGGUGCGCUGGCUGGCGCAGAACCCGGCCCUUUACGUGCAGCAGAUGAGCGUCACCACACGCAACACGACCAUCUUUUCCAACGACGAAUCUUCGCAUGAGUGUCUGUACGCACCCUGCACUAAUGUACGGCACUGGUUUUGGUACAGUGGCCGGCCCAUGAUGCUGCAACGGCGACGGGUGGAGACGCAGGCAAUGGGGACAGACGUGCUGGAGACGCUGCAGCUGUCCACUAUAGGACUAUCCGCCACCGUCAUGAAGGAGAUCGUGGAGGACGCCCGUCGACUCACAUCAAUGCGAAAUAGUGACCACACCGUGAUUUAUCAAAACUCUGGUGGACGGUGGACGCGACAGGAGCCACGACGGCGUCGUCCCCUGCACUCGGUUGUGUUGGACGGGGGCACAAGUGCGGAGAUUCUGAAGGAUGUGCAGCUCUUCCUGCAGUCCAGCAGCUACUACGAGGACCUCGGUGUGCCGUACCGCCGCGGGUACCUCCUGCACGGACCCCCAGGCUGCGGAAAAAGCAGCUUUGUGAUGGCGCUGGCGGGGGAGCUGCGCCUCUCCAUUUGUCCGCUGAGCCUGUCCAGCCGCGGACUCAGUGAUGAGGCAUUGGUAGGGUUGUUGAACAGCGCCCCAUUGCGGUCGAUUGUGCUGCUUGAGGACAUUGACCGGGCCUUUAGUGCCGACAGCCACAUCACGAUGAGCGGGCUGCUCAACGCCCUCGACGGGGUGGCAGCGCAGGAGGGGCGGCUGGUUUUCAUGACUACUAAUCACGUGGAGCGGCUUGAUGACGCCCUCAUUCGCCCCGGCCGCUGCGACGUGAAGCUGGAGAUUGGGCUGCUGACGCGCGGCCAGGCGCAGCAGCUGUACCGGAAGUUCUUCCCGGCCGCCGACGACACCCUGCAGGUCGAGUUUGCAGGGCAGAUCCCUCCGCAUACGUUGAGUGUCGCCCAAAUUCAGUCGCAUCUCUUUCUCCACCGUGACAGUGCCACAGAGGCGGUGCGGACGUUGCCGGCGUUUUUGAAAACCGUGCGGUCCUUCGAGACGCAGCUGCAGCAGGCACGAGAGCGGGAGAAGUGCGUGGAACGAAUGAAACGCGCGCCGAUGCUGCACAACCUCUGA